CGUCUUGUUCACGGCUGCUUCCCUAAUCGACGCUUCUCUGAAAUUGUGAACUUUAUUUCUCACACCUUUUCAAUUGGCCAACCACUGCUUGCCUCCUUGCGAUGAUUUUGGUCGUAUAUCACAUUGCGGUGACCACCGCUGUUCCUACAAGACUCUUCUAGUAGUUUCCUCCCGUUUACGUCAUUGCCUCCUCCUAUUGUAUGUAUUGCCGGUCUGAAAGGACACUACUCACUUCUUCCGCAGACCUCUUCACUCCAAACUCGGUUUUUUAAUUUCCGCUGACAUAUUGCGAACAACCUUGACUCUAAUUGGGUCGGAGAGAAUGGCAUUUGCAACUUAUGCGUGCUUGCGGCCGACAAAUUUCCCACUUUCUACUGCUGAUUCUCCACACACCGUGCCGAGGUACUCUCGAAAUUCUCUAGCUUUCAGAUUAUCUAGCCACUUUCUUGGCACGGAAUUGUCAUUCCGCACACGCACGCUUCCUGUCACGAAUGAGAGGAGGGUCUUUAGUUGUGUUAAUUCGGGCAACGUAGCUGGCGAAGACAUUGAUGUUCUCUCAACACCCAAGGCACGGGAGGACAAAUUGUGGUCACGACUGCUGAAGCGAGGAUCAGAAAUAGUGUCCGAAAAUGUGAACCGCUUCUCCAAGCCGGCUAUGGCGAUAGUUCUUAGUUUGUUGCUUCUGCAAAGUAAUCCGGAGUUGGCACUCGCUGCUGGUGGAGGACGAGUCGGCGGACGGGUUGGCGGGGGAAGCUCAUUCUCUAGCAAGUCGUUCUCUGCCCCAAGCCGAUCAUACUCGGCACCGUCAGGCGGGUAUUCUAGGCCCGAAAGGUCGUACGUUGCACCAAGCCCAGGAUUCUCUUAUGCCGUUCCUUACGCUGCUCCUUCGCCGUUCUUUGGGCGUAGCUAUUACUCCGCGCCCACUUACGGGAUUGGGUUUGGAGGGGGUGGCCUCUUCUUCUUUGUCCUUCUUGGGUUCAUCGUUUUACAAUCCAUCUAUGGAUUUGUAUCAGAGGGAUCCAAAUCUGGUGGUUCUACUCUAUUUACUGGGUCUCAGAAGACCAGCGUGGUGAAGCUGCAGGUGGGUUUAUUGGGCAUGGCGCGCACACUUCAGAAGGAUUUGGACAGAAUCGCAAAUCAGGCCGAUACAACAACAGCAGAGGGUCUUCAUUCCGUUCUUACUGAGACAUGUCUGGCUUUGAUGAGACAUCCUGAGUAUUGCACCUCAGCCUUCGCAUCGACUGAUGUCAAUCGCUCGGCGGCCGGGGCUGAGGAGCGGUUCAACAACCUUUCUCUAGAAGAGAGAGCUAAAUUUGAUGCAGAGACUCUUAUCAAUGUGAACAACUUGAGGAAAAAAAUCAUGGCAGCACCCAAGUCCGAAAGAUUAAACAAUGAGUAUAUUGUGGUGACGAUUUUAGUAGCAGCCGAUGGGGAGUUUAAGCUUCCAGCAAUCAACAGCAAUGCUGACCUUAAAGCUGCUCUUAGGAAAUUAGGCUCAAUACCAACUGAUGCUAUUCAGUCUGUAGAAGUGCUGUGGACUCCACAAGACGAAGAUGACACAUUAAAUGAACGAGAACUUCUUCGUGACUACCCUCUUCUACUAUCACUGUAGUUUGUAGAGGUGCUUGUAGUGGCUAGUUAAAGGAGCGAUAUUUGGAGUAGUUUGCGCACAGGAUGAUUGUAGUCCUAAUAUGGCUGGAAAUUGCUAAAACGAGGUUCAACUAUCUCACGGAAUCGGCGACACGAACUAAAAGGAUUGAACCCUUGAGCUCACAGACGAGCAGCUUGGGAUUUUGUUCCAGGCGUGCUCCGGCAACGAAAUGUUGUCCCUGGAAGUAUGUACUAUUACUUUAUUUACUAUUUUAUCACACACGAAUUGAAAUUGUACCUCA